GAUUGAUGCUUGAAAUAUACGGACUUCGCAAGCCCUAAUCCCUCUCCCUCCAAAACUUGAGAAUCUCUUACAAACACGAACUAUACACGCAGAUAGAGAUAACUUCUUCUCCUUUGUUACCCCCAAGGUUAGGGUUUUGCCGUGCUCUGUGUUCAAACCUUCUCCGUCCCUUGACUCUACCUAUCUGCUCAUAAUCGCAAGAAAGAAGUGAUAGAAUCUGCAGCGAUGGCGAGGUACAGCAGCCGGAGCAGAAGCUACAGCCCUCGCCGGCGGAGCAGAACCCCUCCACGUGAACGCAAGCGAUACGACGACGAGCCUCGCGAUCGCUACCGCGAAAGCAGGUCCUACAGAGACCGUCGCUCCCCUGCUUCUUCUGGCCUGCUCGUCCGCAAUCUCCCCCUUGACGCUAGGCAAGAAGAUCUGAGGAUCCCAUUUGAGCGAUUUGGUCCCGUGAAGGAUGUGUAUCUACCAAAGAACUACCAUACUGGGGAGCCACGAGGCUUUGGAUUUGUGAAAUACCGAUAUGCUGAAGAUGCUGCUGAAGCCAAACAACAACUGAACCAUACAAUUAUUGGUGGACGUGAAAUAAGAAUUGUGUUUGCUGAGGAGAAUAGAAAAACGCCUCAAGAAAUGCGUACGACUUCCCGCACAAGUGGUCGAUAUGGAGGAAGCAGAAGGAGAACUCCACCAAGGUCCCCUAGACAACGUUACCACUCUUACUCAAGGUCACCUACACCAGCCAGGCGCGACUCAAGGGACCAUGGGGCUAGGGAUGAUUGUCGUUCUCCUUCUCCAUGUGAUGAGGGGGACUACAGGAGGUCCCCGAGUCCAAGGGAAAAUGGUCAGAGUCCCCAUGCUGCGAGGGGUUAUGCACCGAGCAGAUCACUGAGUCCCAGGGGUAAAAAUCGCAGUCCUUCCAGAUCUCGGUCACAAUCUUACAGUCCUCGCUGAUGGUUGUCAUAUGCUGCUGCUCAUGUGGUGAUCUUCAAUGGUUCCAAGCAUAUUUUAAACAUUACUUUGGCUAGUUGUAUUCUGGAUGGGUACAAUGUUGGUAUAUAUGACUGAUAGUUCUGCAUGGUUGUGUGUGUGUGUUGUUCCAGAUUUUUUUGUCAUUUUGUUUGUUAAUCAAGUGGGUGCUUGUAACUUUUGUAGCAUUAAAUCGUUCGUAUGGUUGGUUUGGAUCUUGACAAUUGUUCUCCCUGCUUUUGGGGUGCAAAGUAGUGCAAUUUGACCAAGUCACCAUCAGUAA